AUGGUAUGUUUUUGAAGUGAGGUGGACCCCAGGAGGAGACUGCAGGGCUUAUAUGUGAAAGGGGAUUUGUCUAAAGAAAGCGAAGUUGUAUUCCAAAACUGGUUCCAGAUUGAGAUUGAAAUGGAGAUUUAGAGGAGUCAUCAACAGUGGAACUUCGAAGCACCAAUCGACGGAUGUCAAAUGAACCAAGACGCAUACCACGUUCUCAUAUGAACUCCUACACGAAUAUCUACAAUUUUCGUGUACUCAUUUUUGGGCAUCAUCUAGCAUACUUUACACAAUGUUUUGACCAAGCUCAUCUUGCAACAAAAGGAUUCCAAAAAUUUGCACGAUGCAGACGAAUCCCGGCUUGCCACUAGUCCUUAGUUUAGAAAAAUCAAACGAGAUCACUAACAUGCAUUUUUUUUUCUAGUCCGACAAAGCCCAAAACCCCAUGCGUGAAUUGCGCAUCGAGAAAUUAGUCUUGAACAUUUGUGUCGGUGAAUCCGGUGACAGAUUAACCAGAGCCUCCAAGGUCUUGGAACAAUUGUCCGGUCAAACCCCAGUGCAAUCCAAGGCCAGAUACACCGUCAGAACUUUUGGUAUCAGAAGAAACGAAAAGAUUGCCGUCCACGUCACCAUCAGAGGACCUAAAGCCGAGGAAAUCUUGGAAAGAGGUUUGAAAGUUAAGGAAUACCAAUUGAAAAACAAGAACUUUUCCAUCACCGGUAACUUUGGUUUCGGUGUUGACGAACACAUUGACUUGGGUAUCAAGUACGAUCCAUCUAUUGGAAUCUACGGUAUGGACUUCUACGUUGUUAUGGGUAGAGCCGGUGCCAGAGUCACUAGAAGAAAGAGAGCUAGAUCCACCAUUGGUAACAACCACAAGACUAAUAAGGAAGAUACCAUCCAAUGGUUCAAGACCAAAUACGAUGCUGAUGUGUUGGACAAGUAA